AUGCCUCGCCUUUCGACUUGGACUUUAUCAGUCUUACCUCUUCUAGUCCUCUCAGUUGCAUACCUCGCGCAGAGCUACAUUUCCCCACUGGGACCAGCUCCUCAUCUAGGGUUUGGACUCAGGUGGUACGGUAUCACAUUCUCGAGUUCCGAAGCCCAAGCACCGUUGGCUCAGCCUCAUUCCCAAAUAAAAGAUACCGGAGUUCCUGUGGAUUCAACAUUAGAAGCUCUUUCCGGGGUUGCGGUGGACGCCGCUGCCGAUGUGGACCCCCGUCCCAAAUUCAAGAGGCGGAUUGUCGCCGUAGGGGAUAUUCACGGCGACCUGCUCAAUGCACACAGAGUUCUCCAAAUGGCGCGUGUGGUUGACGAAGAUGGGCUAUGGACUGGGGAGGUGGAUGUAUUUGUACAGACAGGUGACAUUAUCGACAGAGGAGAUGAUACGAUUGCGCUCUAUGAAUGGCUGGAAGAACUGAGGGAGCAGGCGCAUGGGAUGGGUGGUAUCAUGAUUUCACUACUAGGAAACCAUGAAUGGAUGAAUGCAAUAGGUAAACCUGCAGAAUACGUGUUUCCAUCCGAAGUCGAAACAUUCGGGUCGAUCAGCAAGCGCCAAAGGGCAGUAACGACAGGGUGGUUGGCUAAUAUCUGGGCUUCUAACUAUACUACAGCAGCCAGACUGCCCCUGCAUGCACUGCUAGGUCCACCUAAUACCGAUUAUCCGCCCCCUGAGGAUAGCCAGUACCAGCGUGCGAACGCAGGGCCCCUUUCACAUGCGGCGUUUUCGUUUGUGCAUGGAGGGCUAGCACCGUCAUACCCUAACUUGCAGCCGUUCCCAAGCGCGAUCAACAACAUAUCCGCCUCGCUCUUUCACAGGUUGCGGUCAAGGGAUCCACAACCACCGCCGCACCCACCACACGCAUACCCGGGGCUUCCCGUUGGCACGACGCGUGAAGAGGCACGUCUAUAUGGGAGUGACGGACCGCUGUGGUACCGAGGAUGGGCAGAAGAAGGAGACGAAGCGAGGCUGUGUGCACAAGCAGACCAGGUGCUGCAGAAAACUGGUACACGUCGGAUGGUAAUGGGUCAUACUCCCAACUUGCAUAGCAUCGUUGCAAAGUGCGGAGGAAAAGUACUGAUCAUUGACACCGGUAUAUCCCAUGCGUACGGAGGAGUACUGUCUGCACUAUCAGUUGAAUACACACUGGAGCCUGUAGAUGGCGGUGGAUGGAGAGAACAGGAGGUGGUGAAGGCACUUUAUGCUGACCAGGACGACGAACUGUUAGCCCACGCUACCCGAGACCUUGCGGAAAACGAGCUUUUCUAA